UAAAUUAUAUAAUAAAAAAAAAAUGGCGGAGCUUCAUGUUAUUGGAGAAGUCAUCGGAGCUAGUGGUUUUCCGUCACACAACUUAUACUGUAAAUGGUCUGUACAUGUAGAGGGAUCCUGGAAGCUCAUUGCCGGCUUAAAAGAAGGGCAAACUCAAGUUGAUAAUCCUCAAAAUGAGGAGGAAGCGAAAUGGGGGCAUCCGAUAGAUCUACAUUUUGCCACAAAGGGGCUAAAAGGAUGGCCAAAGUUCCACUUUCAAGUUUGGCACCAGGAUGCUUACGGAAGAAAUGAAAUUUAUGGUUAUGGGUACUGCCAUGUACCAACUUCGCCUGGGAGCCAUAAAAUUGACUGUGUAACCUGGAGACCGACUGGAAGCUGGAGAGAACAGUUGAGAACUUUUUUCGUUGGCGGAGCGCCUCAGUUGAAAUCGUCCGAUGUGAUUUACAGCGGAAGUGAUAGAUAUAGACUGAAGACAGAGGCGAUGGGCACCGUUCAUUUACAACUAGGAAUUGUGACGAGAAACUUCGAUAAGUUCGGUAUAGAGUGUUAAAAAAACUUUAAGAAAUAUUGUCCUUUUUUUCCUGGCAUAAUUAAUCGAUCAAGUCGAUUAACAAUCUGAACCAAAUCAAUCAACGAAAUCGAUAUUGAAAACUAAUAGCCUAUCAAUAACAAAUGUAGCUGUGGCUCUGUUUCAUUAAUAAGCAAUGUUCACUAUGCAACAAUAGUCUACCAAUCAACAUGAAUCAAGAACAUUAUGCACUACGGACAUGCACUAAUAGAUCAUAUGACCUUUUGGGUAAUUCAAGCCAAAAUAAAAAAAACCCUGUGACUUCUCACAUCAUCUCUUAGCAUAAGUCUCCUAUUGAUGUGAUUAGCUGACAAUACUUGUGUUACUUUCAUUAGUAGUCAUUGAUUGGCUCAUUAUAAAUCAAUACUAAUCAAGCAAUUUUCUUUGUUCGAUAUUGAUUUAAAAUUAUUGAUUGUCAUUGAUUAAUUAUGCCUGGAGAAAUUUCUGUAUUAAAUGUUAAAUUACAACCAGCAAAAACAAUAUAUGUAUGUGGAUUGAAAAUACAGCUGGAUUGUAACAGAUUUGGUUUUACCAUGGCAAUAUAGUAACCAUUAGUAGAGUUAGUAGUUUAGUAGAGUCCCACUACUACAAAGAAUCUGUGUGAAUAACUAAGGCCUACCCCAACUCUAGAACAUUUCUAGCUAUAGCCACUUUGAUGCAGGUAAAAUCAUUGCAAACUAGGCUGAAACAGACCAAACACAGCUGCGCCAGGUUUCACCCGAGGUAUGCACUAGGCAAGAUUGCUGGGGGAAUGUGUAACCUAAAAGUCAGGCAUUCAGUAGGAUUAUCAUGAAUGUUUUGGUGGACCCAUUGUCUAAACAUUCUUCACAAAAUAAAAAAUUAGUAAGAUAA